AUGGCCUGGAAGAGGCAGAGCUGCCACCCGGAGUUGUCGCCAGUGAAGAGGCCAAGUUUCUGCCAGCCAGCCCAGAGUUACCCGCCAGCCAGCCCAGAGUUACCCGCCAGCCAGCCCAGAGUUGCCCGCCAGCCAGCCCAGAGUUGUCCACCAGCAAGCCCAGAGCUGCUGCCUAAACGUAAAGUACCUCACAAAUCUGAGUUACAUUGCACCCCGUGGAUCCAGCCAGAUUUUGGACAAAUUGAAGAUAUCCUUGAGCAAAACACCUGUAAAAAAAGGUCAGUGCUUUUACUAAUGGAUUCAAGCUUCUAUCGGUGGAGGCAAGUUUUACAAAAAGAUUCUUCAACAUGCCCCUCGGAGAGAACACCUCUUCUGACAUCCAGGAAGAAGACUCCAACAUACAAUCUGAAUAAGCAACGAGUAGUCUUUGCCAAUAAUAAGAAAUUGGAAAACGACCGCAAAAGAGUUUCCAGAUUUUAUACUGGAAACAAAAUCCAAACAACAAAAUACACCAUUUUAACCUUUCUGCCUAAAAACCUAUUUGAGCAGUUUUACAGGUCUGCAAACUUGUAUUUUCUGUUUCUUGCUAUCUUGAAUUGGAUUCCAGUAAUUGAAGUUUUUCAUAAAGAGAUAACCAUGGUGCCGUUGGUCAUAGUUCUCCUGGUUAUUGCUGUUAAAGAUGGUGUUGAAGACUACAAAAGAUAUCGUAAUGAUAGGAAUGUCAAUUUGCAAAGAACUACUAUAUAUAAUAAGUAAGUUGUACAAUGUUGUUGUCAUUACAAUUUUUAUAUAUAUUUUUUUUAUUAAUGUGAUCUCCCUCCCCUCAUUUGUACAAAAGUCUGUUGGGGUUUACUCACAGGUAAAAAAAAAAAAAAGUUCUGGACAGCUUGCAAGUGACUGUCUGUCAGAGACUGUUCACAUGUAAUGGGGCUAUUAGGGUAUUUGGGUGACAAUGUACACCAUUCAUUUAGGAAAUGUUUUGUAGACAGCUCAAGUCACACAUAGUUUCUCAAGUCAACAGCAUAUUUCAUUAAGCAGAAAGCAACCCAUAGACAGUUCAAUUUCUUUCCUUACAGUCAGUGUUGAAUUC